AUGGCCGCCUUCUUUGCACGUGUGGGAAUCUGUUCAAAGUUUCAUAGAACAUCGAGUUGUUUUAAGCCUUGGCGAAUUUCAACGACGACAAACAAGAAGGUAAAGACAAUUUCCGAAUUACAGGAUGUGUAAUCCCAUUUUUUUGUUCAGUCUAGGUAGUUGAUCUUGCUUACAAUUUGUCAGGUAUUUUCUCCUUGGAGCCAAGAGAUUUCAGUGCGAAAUUACGUCACAGAAGGCCUGACAAAGCGAACCGGUACCACUUUAGCGAAAUCCCCAGGAUCUUACAGUUGUAAAGGCGUCAGUUAUGGAAGCUUCUCUUGGAACUUACAGGUUGCAAGGUGUUUGUCAGGACAAAGUUCUUCCGGUAAUUAGACAUCUCAUACAAGCUUAAUAAUAAAGUGUUAAUUUAUUUAAUCAAUAAAUACAUUAUUUUAGAAUUCAUUAAUCUUUAAAGACUGGUAUCACCAGCAACAAAAGGUGGAGUCAGAGUUCUAAGAGCAGUUAUGACCUGGCAAAAAGAAUUGUGAACAGAAUUACCUGCUCAGUGGAAUUAUGACUCAUGUUGCUUGCCAUCUGGUGAAAAUCAGAUUUUUGGGGUCCCAGGGAGAAGAAGAUGACUAAAACAUUCACAAUGCACAGUCCUACAAACUGUGAUUGUUUUUUUUUCUUGGCUACUGUUAGCAACUCCAACAACCUUCACAAGAUUACUUCAGUUAUCAACAACAAGGGUCUAAGGCUGUGCACUUAGUAAAACUGGUAUAAAAAAGCUAAGAUUUCCUAGUGACCCGAGAGCAAAAGUAAGGCACCAGGGGCCACCGGUUGCUGCUGGAGAACAGCCCUGGGGCCAAAUAUUAAGAAGAGAAGCAAUCUCUGAUUACAACACCAUUGGUGUGAUUUUCACAAGAUUGUAACGGUCCAAGAUUCUGCUUUCCUUUUGAUAUCUGUCGAUGGCCAAUCCGCAAAAAGUUCUACCACCAAAAUAUGUGGGUCUUUUUCUCUAUUAGGCAGCUCAGAACUCUUGGAAAAUGGACAGAGUUCAAACCCAUUCAUUCAACAAAGUGCACCAGAAACUCUAUUGGACAAUGAAAUGCUCAAAGACAUGGCAGAUGCCAUGACAUCUCUUGGUGAACCAAGCCUUGUGAGUUUAGGCUUAGGUGGCUACUCACCCACAGGGCUUAUUCAGCAAACACUGGAGUUUAUUCACGUCGGUGGCAAUGUAUCAUGGUGUGCUUCUAUAGCUAUUCUUACAGUUAUCAUACGUCUCGUUUGCCUGCCGCUUAUUGUCAAGGCACAAGCAAACACAGCCAAAUUGAACAAUAUCAAGCCGCAAAUUGAAGAGGUACAAGCGCAGCUUAGAGAGCUGGCAAAUUCGUAUGAUGCCGCAGCUAAGGCAACUGCUAGUUUAAGGUUGAAACAGCUCUACCAGGAACAUGGCUGUCAUCCAGUUAAGGUAUUUGAUGUAAUAACUAUGUUAUUAACUUGGCAUGUGUUAAUUAAUCGUUGAAAACUUCUUCUUGAAAACUCUUCCUUUUUCACGCCAUAAUAUCAUUCAUAUGCAAUAUUUUCUGCCCUGUUGCAGACCAUUACAGAAAUGCAGUGGGGUACCCAUUAGGCUUUGUAAGCAAAAAUGAUGUUGCAAAGGUUACUGCUGUUUUCAGUCUCUUAUAAACUUAAAACUGACUAAUAAUUCUCACACUUUUAAAAGACAAUGCAGAAACAAAAGGAGUAGGUUCGCAAAUAGUAGGUAAGCAAAUAGUCACACACCAAAUCAGAGUAAGGUAAAAGCAGACGGUUUUUUAAUAGACCACACUAUUGUUAGUCAUGUGGAGUGCUAUUCCUUUUCAAAGAAUAGCGAAGAGUGGUGAGUGUCUGAGCAAGAACAAUAACCAGUAAAGGGACAUACACAGGGGGUUUCUUGAUUGACAGUCUUUCUACGUCAUUUUCCACUCAUUUACACUUUCACAAUCAAUGUUUUUCAAUGGGUGCAUUUCUGUAAUGCUGACCUAAAAGAUACAGCCAUUUUCAGGCUAGACCAGUGUGGCACAUACACUCUGGUACAUGAUAACCAGUAACUGUUGACCAUAUUUUCAGUGUGCAUAUCUCAUGAGGAAAUCAUUUUUUGUCUUUCAGAGUAUUCUGGCUCCCCUUGUUCAGAUACCACUGUUUGUUUCAUUCUUUUUGGCUUUAAGAAAGAUGGCUUAUUUGCCAGUGGAGUCUUUCAAGACAGGGGGUUAUCUUUGGUUCCAAGAUUUGACAGCAUUUGACCCAUAUUUUGUAUUACCUGUUAUUUGCAGCUUCUCAAUGCUGGCAUCAAUAGAGGUAAGAAAGUACCUUUAGUAUUUAUGGCCUGGUAGACAAAAAUUUACUAAACUUAAAACUCAAACUGUGGUAGAAUAUUUCCCCAGCUGCAAGCGGCAAGCUAAACAAUCUUAACCUAACCCUGUAAACCUUUUGUUGGAACAAACUGCAGCUCUUAUGAACUCAUACCAUUAUAGAACUCCCAAUAAAACCCGCAGCAGCUCUAUUUUUUUUGGAAAAAUACUGACAUUUGAGUGAAAUAAAUUACUGUUACUUUGGAGUCUCACUAUCACAUACAAGUUUACGAACGCUUUUCUGGUCCUGACUCACACUUCUACAGCCAAAUUUAGGGACACCUACUUAAUACAGAUGCCUCAUUAUCACGGACAGUUUGCUUUGUCCCUGGGUAAAGAAAGCCGUUACAUUUUCUCUAAAUUCAACUCGCUUGAUAAUUAAGACACUCCGUUAAUAUGGACACUUUCUAUGGCCUCCUCAGUGCCCUUAUUAACAGAGUUUGACUGCAUUGAUAAAAACUCUAAUCAUAACAAACAUCAACAUUUAAAAACCAUGGCAUUUUAUCAUCAUUUUUAUCUUAUUGGUUAAAUUUCCUUUUUUUUCUGUAAUGCACUAACCAAAACUGGUGUAUUAAUGUAAGUAUGUACUACUUCUGAGGAAAUUCUUUCUUGGCCUGAAACAAAAACACCAUGUAAGUCAUCUGUAUAAAUAAUAUUUUACGAAUAAUGUUAUUGAUAAGUUGUGCCUGUUGUCUGAUUUUCAGCUUGGUACUGAGAUGGGAGUCCAUAACCCGGCAAUGAAAACAAUGAAGACCAUCAUGCGCAUCUUAGCAGUGGCAAUGAUUCCUCUCACUGCACAGUUUCCUACAGUAAGUCUUUUUUACGGGUUGCAGAGGGUGGGGCCGAGUGGGCUGCAUUCCCCUUGGUAAAAAUUUCCUUCAGAGCCUUAGUCUUUGGACAGAAAUGUCUCAAAGUUCUUUAUUUUAUGACUGAAUACAUUUAGUAUAUAUACAGCUGGCAAGCCUUCUGGCCCACUCUUUCUGAAUCUUCUAAAUCCAUCUCUGGGUGUUGUCUAACACUUAUGCCACAGUGGGGGCUCAUGGUGAGAGGAUAACUGGCCCUAGACCUGUUUCUUUGAACUCUGCAUAUUUUAUAGAACAGGGUUAAAUAAUCUAGAUUUUUGUGAAACUUGCACACAAAGGACUAAAACUAAAACUAAAAUUGCUAAUUUCAGGAUUAAUUAUUGAUAUUUACACCUGCAUGUGGGUGGGGUGUGUCAAUUUCCUCAGGGUGCUGCUCUGUUUCCCAUCUGGUGCUCACUAUUCAUAGCUAUUGCCAUGGGAAUAGUGUGUGUGUGGGUGGGGGGGACUGGUGGGCCCAUGCCUCCCCCCCCCACUUUUUUGGAGGAAAAUUUAAUAAUUAUUUAAGAAGACGUCAUUUUGUGGGGAAGGAUACCUACAGACCCUGUUACAGGAAUGGUCCUGCGACCCUUUACACUUCAGUAGGCCACCAGCUCACUGUUGUGCCCUCUCACUUUCAUUUUUGUUCCCAUUGGCCUGAUAAAAGUUUAAAAAACUGACUAAUAUUGUUUUUUUGUUUUUGUUUCACAGGCCAUCUUUUCCUACUGGGUGUCUUCCAACCUUUUUACUAUUGGGCAAGUUGCAUUGCUUAAACAUCCAGCAGCAAGGAAAGCAAUGGGAAUUCCAGAGAUGAUAACCCAUCCAAGUUCACAAGAUCCUGGUGGUUUUUGGGACAACAUGAAAGCAGGUAUGUUGCCUGCCUUGCUCCCAGGGCUUUAAGGGAAGAAACCGUGGGAACGCAUGGAAUUUACCACAGGUAGUAAAUCAUGGAGUUAAUUUACACAUUAAUGGGGACAAAUGCAUAAUCGAGGCUGCAAAAAAAGUGACUUGUGAAUAUUGAAAAUGACAUGGCACAGUUACUCUUUCAUCCUUGGAACUCUCUAAGCAAACAUUCAACUACCAUGACUAGUCUAGCUAAUUUUAAAUUUUCCCUUAAAUGUGAACUUUUAUCAAAAUAUUUUAGUUAAAAUAUGUCAUCAUCCUUACCCUCCUAUUUUGUAAGUAAUUUUUGGAUGUAAUUUAAGUUGUAUUCUCCUUUUUUUUUCCUGUAUGUUAAUAUAUAAUGUAGUCUAUGUUGUAAAAUUGCAUCUUUCCUCUAAUGAAGAGGAAAGAUGAAGCAAAUUUUCAACCAAUCAGAAGCACUACCCAGAUCUGGGUAGUGACACGUCAUCAGUAUGGAAUUUCUGCACUCGUUUCUCAGACGUCAUUUCGCGGGGAAACCAGUGGUGGCGAGGCUAAAUGUCGGCUGUUUUCUCAGGCUGAUACCGUAAAAUUCCGAAAAUUAGCCCCGGGGCUUAUAUUUUUCAAAGGCCCUUUUUGAGGGGCUUAUUUUUGGAGGGGCUUAUCUACGGAGGGAAAUUUGCGUUUCAAACUCGAUAGAGCUAGCCUAAAACUUGGAAGUAAAUAUACUAUUUUUUCUUUGUUCUACUUUGUAUUUGAGGGCAAUUUUCCAAGUACAAGCCCCUGGGGGGCUUAUAUUUGGAGGGGCGAUUUAACGGAGGGUUUUUUGCGUUACCGGUUUGGGGGGCUUAUAUUUGGAGGGGCUUAUACAUGGAGGGGCUUAUUUUCGGAAUUUUAGGGUAUUUCUCAGGGGGAUGUUCUUUAAAUCCUGCCUUUUAUAUUGCAGGCUACAAGAACUCUCAAGAGGUCGCUUACAUAAAGCACGCGGAGAAGAUGAAACACCAAAGACAGAAAGCGCUCGGGGAAGCACCACUGGAACCCACUUAUGAAUUCAACCCCAGAAUAAAAGCAAACAUGGAAAUGUUUCAUGAUGAUGCACAGGCCGACCAACUGAACGACAAUCUUGGUAUCCCUGGGCAGAAAGCUUACGUGGAUCCCGAUUUUAAACCUAAAAGGGUAAAAUUCAACCAGGAGAUCUUCAGUGCACAGAUGCACAGAAAAGUCAAGAAAGAACAGCGGAAGAAAAGAGACCAGCUGAAGAAUAGACCCGGUGCAACUAUGUGAUAGCAUUAGAAUUUGAUUUCCCGAAAAUUUGCGGUACUCCAAGUUUGCUGUCACAUAGGUCGUUCAUAGCAAUGUCUGGACCAGAACUUUUUGAGCACUCGCGCGAAUUUCUUCCUUUUGGACCUCAACCACGCAGGUUAAACGACUGCGCGCAACGUAUAUUGUGACAAAUAAUAACUUAAGCAACAGCGACGGUGAACGUAAGAAAGAGUAAUAGCAAAACGCUUUUUGAUACAUUUCCUUACGGUCACUGAACGACUUCGACGGGAAUUUCGUGAUGCGCCGUGUUACGGAGGUCGUGACUAUACGACGACGAAUUUUCCUUUACCAUUCUGAACUUGGACACGGUCCCUAAGAAUUCAACUUGUGGAAAUUAGCCUUUCAUUUUGCAAAUUGAGGGGAAUUCUAUUUCUUAGAGACAAAAGUUUUCAUCUGAAUGAGAAAUUUGUCGCUAAUAAAAAAAGCCGUGAUCAUUCAGUACGAUUAGUGUAAAUAUUAUUUUCUAAAUACAUUUCAGCCUUAUCGCCAGCCUUGUUGACUAGAAAAAACUUAUCAUGCUACCGUAUAUAUUCUAUUAACCGCCCUGGGCGCUUAUUAAAUUCUUGGA